AUGCACAACCCCCAUUGCGCCAGACACGGCCCAGGUAUUUUCAAAGUCGGGACGAAGAAGGUCAUGUGUUUCCGGAAGCAGGUGGACGAUGCCUUCUCCGAUGAUUUGGCAGAGCGUGGGCCGAAAAACGUGGACCCGGAUGACGAUGGGAGGCAGAACCCAAUGGGGCAUCUGUUGCUCUCGCAGCUCACCGAGGCGGGUUACGGGCCCGAGCACGCUGAGUUGAGCUUCACUGGCGUGGUGACGAGUCGGUGCGUCCAGUCCUCCCUUGUCCACGCCUGCAACGUAGGCUACAAGACGGAGCUCAUCACAAGCGCGUGCGCUGACACAAGCGAAAGUGAUCACGCGAAGGGGUUGGAGGCGGUGCGGACCGGUUGUCCGUCAGCCAAGAUUUCGGAGUGA